AUGUCUUCGAACGCCGACUGGGACCAGGUCACCAAGAUCGGAAGCAAGGCGCGCGGCGGCGCAUCCCAGCGUGAGACUGUCGUCAGGGGCAAGAGCGCCAUCAAUGCCGCAGCCCGCAGCGGCUCCGUCAUCGCCACAGAGAAGAAGUAUGCCGCCGGCAAUUCUGCAUCCAAACCCGCCGUUGAGGGUCAGCACCUGACCAAGGUCGACCGAAGCGAUGACAUUGUCAAGCCCAAGACGAUCGGCAAGGAGGUUGGCGAUGUGAUCUCGCAGACACGGCAGAAGAUGGAGCCCAAGAUGACCCAGAAGGACCUGGCCACCAAGUGCAACACCACCCCCACAGUCGUCGCCGACUUCGAGCGGGGGACGGCUGCGCCGGACCAGAAGGUCCUAUCCGCCAUGGAGCGGGUGCUCAACGUCAAGCUGCGUGGCAGCGACAUUGGCAAGCCAAAGUUCGAGAAGAAGGCCAAAUAA